AUGUAGACCCUCCCUUUCAGAAAGAAAACAAGAUCAUCAGAAAGCAGCACAUCCAAGCAUUAUUGCAACAAUGGGAAGCAAUGAAGGAUAUGGAGCAGAGAGGUAUGCGGUGGUAUCGGGAGCAAACAAGGGCAUUGGAUAUGAGGUGGUGCGGCAACUUGCUGCAUGUCAAGGGGUGGUGGUGGUUUUAACGGCUAGAGAUGAGAAAAGGGGAAGAGAUGCCACGUCACAGCUCCAUCACUUGGGUUUCUCAAAUGUGCUCUUCCAUCAGCUUGAUGUUUUGGACCCUUUUAGCAUCCAGUCUUUGGCCAACUUCAUAGACAACAGAUUUGGCAGGCUUGAUAUCCUGGUUAAUAAUGCUGGAGCCAGUGGAGCAGUGGUUGAUGAGGAAGCUUUAAAAUCCCUAAACAUUGAUCCCACAACUUGGGUAAGUUGGUUAAGACUGUUUCUCUCACUCAUAUGUAGCCACAACCAAAAAUCCCAGCACCUAAGUAAUGGACUAGUUGUGUUUGUGCAGCUUUCAGGCAAAGCGGUCAACAAAAUUCAAUGUGCAAUAAAAUUCACUUAUGAGAAGGCUGAAGAAUGCUUGAACACAAAUUACUAUGGUGCUAAAAGACUAACUGAGGCUCUUCUCCCACUCUUGAAGCUUUCCCCUCAGGGAGGAAGGAUUGUGAAUGUCUCCUCUCUAAGGAGUGAACUUAAGAGGAUACCAAGUGAAGAAAUAAGAAAUGAGCUUGGGGAUAUGGAAACCUUGACAGAGGAGAAAGUAGAUGCACUUUUGACAAAGUUUCUGGUUGAUUUUAAACAAAAUACACUUGAAGCCAAUGGAUGGACACUGAUGCUGCCUGCAUACAGCAUUUCCAAGGUCACCCUCAAUGCCUACACAAGAAUCCUUGCCAAAAAGUAUCCAAAGAUGUAUAUCAACUGUGUGCAUCCAGGCUUUGUCAAUACAGAUAUCAAUUGGCAUACAGGAACAAUGACUGUGGAAGAAGGGGCUGCAGGUCCAGUCAAGUUGGCUCUUCUACCAAAUGGAGGCCCUACAGGCUGCUAUUUUGAUCAAACUGAAGUUGCAGACUUCUAGUUCAUAUAUAUGUUAUAAGUUAUGCAUUUCCGCCUGGGUGUUAAGUAAUAACUAUAUCAAGUUAUUUUGAUACAAUUUGAAAUAUUAAGCGCUUGUGGGAGUUAGAAUGAUUCUAUUUCCUUUUUGUGGCCAUCAAGACUUGCAACAAGGUUGAGAAUUCUGACUCA